AUGCAGACCUUCGGUGCUUUCCUCGUUUCCUUCCUCGCCGCUAGCGGCAUGGCUGCGGCUCUCCCCACUGAGGGACAGAAGACCGCUUCCAUCGAGGUCGCUUACAACAAGAACUACGUUGCCCACGGUCCUACCGCUCUCUUCAAGGCCAAGAGAAAGUACGGCGCUCCCAUCAGCGACAACCUCCGCGCUGCCGUGGCUGCCAAGCACUCCCUCACCAAGCGCCAGACUGGCUCUGCCAACACCAACCCCAGCGACAGCGCCGAUGACGAGUACAUCACCAGCGUCUCCAUUGGUACUCCCGCUCAGGUCCUCCCCCUGGACUUUGACACCGGUUCCUCCGACCUGUGGGUCUUCAGCUCCGAGACUCCCAAGUCUUCCGCCUCCGGACACGUUACCUACAGCCCCUCCAAGUCUUCCACUGCCAAGAAGCUCUCCGGCUCUACCUGGUCCAUCGAGUACGGUGACAAGAGCAGCUCCAGCGGCGAUGUCUACACCGACGUUGUCACCAUUGGCGGCUUCAGCGUCAAGACUCAGGCUGUUGAGUCUGCCACCAAGGUUUCCACCCAGUUCGUCCAGGACACCGUCAUCUCCGGCCUCGUCGGUCUUGGCUUCGACAUUGGCAACCAGGUCUCGCCCCGUCCCCAGAAGACCUGGUUCUCCAACGCUGCCAGCAGCCUGGCUGAGCCCCUUUUCACUGCCGAUCUGAGGCACCAGGAGACCGGAAGCUACAACUUUGGCUUCAUUGACACCUCUCUCGCCAAGGGCACCAUUGGCUACACUCCCGCUGACGGCAGCGAGGGUUACUGGGGCUUCACUGCCACCGGUUACUCCGUUGGCGGUGCCAAGCUGAACCGCAACUCCAUCACCGGUAUUGCCGACACUGGCACCACCCUGCUCCUCCUCCCCGACAACAUUGUUGACGCCUACUACAACAAUGUUGAGUCUGCUGAGUACGACGACUCCCAGGAGGGUGUUGUCUUCGACUGCGACGAGGACCUCCCCUCUUUCUCCUUCGGUGUUGGUGGCCAGACCAUCACCAUCUCCGGCGACCUGCUGAACCUCACCCCCAUCGAGGAGGGCAGCUCCACUUGCUUCGGUGGUCUCCAGAGCAGCUCUGACAUUGGUAUCAACAUCUUCGGUGAUGUUGCCCUCAAGGCUGCCCUUGUCGUCUUUGACCUCGGCAACGAGCGUCUCGGCUGGGCUCAGAAAUAA